AUGGGCCUUUCAGACGAGCAAAAGGAAGAAUACGAAGAGUGCUUCAAGCUCUUUGAUAAGGAUGAAGAUGGAAAGAUCGAAGCCAGGGAGAUUGCAGAUGUUGUGCGAGCACUUGGACUGAAUCCUUCGGAACCCCAAGUCGAGGAAAUGGUCAAGAAGGUGUCCCCCAAAGGAGGCCCUGUGGGUGUCGAUGCCAUUCUUACCGUCAUGGAUGGACAUGGAAUUGUCAAUGGAACCGCUGAACAAGUGCUCGAGUCCUUCAAGAUCUUUGACAAUCAAGGCGAAGGAAAGAUCCUGGCCACCGAAAUGAAGGCAGUCUACUGCAAUAUGGGCGAAAAAUUCAAUGAAGAAGAAGCAGAAAAGCUGAUGAAGGCCUUGCCAGUGGAUUCUAAGGGUUAUGUGGAUUAUGCCGAGUGGACCAAGAUGAUCUUUUCCGCAUAG